AGGUUAUCAGAGGUCAAUCAGCCCCAUUAUCAGCACAUCUAACACGAUGUUCCUGAGGUUUACAUCUGACUACUUGUACGUCUAUGCGUGGUUCAGCUUAUACUACAUGAGCAGGACUGCAGGGCAAUGCUGGGAUCCCGAUGUGCCAGCCAAUGGGAACAGGGAUAACAACAGUAACUUUACAUCAGGACAGACAGUCAGGUACACCUGUAUGGCCGGGUAUCAUCUGUGGGGAACUGCCAAUAUAACCUGCCAGUCUAACGGGACAUGGAGUGAUGCUACACCAACUUGUGAAGUAGAAAGUAUCAUGACGGGUUCCUCUGGAGGCCCUGUGACGUCACGGGACUACUACAGUAACUAUGGCAACAAUGGAAACGCCAGGUGGUUGAUCACUGUACCAGAAGGAAGCAUCAUUCGUCUCACGUUCGCCAGGUUCUAUACUGAGAGUUCUGACUUUCUGACUAUCUACGAUGGAGCCAGCGAUGAUGCUACAGAGUUACGAAGGUUAUCAGGUAACCAUCGUCAAAUCAGUCCCAUCAUCAGCACAUCUAACACGAUGUUACUGAGGUUCACACCUGACAGCCGUUACCCCAGCUAUUGGUUCCAGUUCUCCUACAUAAGCCGUACAGCAGACGAAUGCUGGGAUCCUGGUGUGCCAACCAAUGGGGCAAGAGAUAACAACAGUAACUUUACAUCAGGACAGACAGUCAGGUUUACCUGUAUGGCCGGAUAUCAUCUGUGGGGAACUGCCAAUAUAACCUGCCAGUCUAACUGGACAUGGAGUGAUGCUACACCAACUUGUGAAGGCCGUAGAGCAGACGAAUGCUGGGAUCCCGGUGUGCCGACCAAUGGGACAAGAGAUAACAACAGUAACUUUACAUCAGGACAGACAGUCAGGUACACCUGUAUGGCCGGGUAUCAUCUGUGGGGAACUGCCAAUAUAACCUGCCAGUCUAACUGGACAUGGAGUGAUGCUACACCAACUUGUGAAGUAGGAAGUAUCAUGACGGGUCCAUUUGGAGGCCCUGUGACGUCACCGAACUUUCAUAGCAACGAUGGCAACAGUGUAAACAUCAGGUGGUUGAUUACUGUACCAGAAGGAAGCAUCAUUCGUCUCACGUUUGACAUAUUCGACACUCGAUAUGAUAACAUUCUGACCAUCUACGAUGGAGCCAGUCAUAAUGAUACAGUUAUACGAAGGUUAUCAGGUUAUCAUCAACAAAUCAGCCCCAUCAUCAGCACAUCUAACACGAUGUUACUGAGGUUUACACCUGGCUACGUACACAUUGACAUCGGUCAAUGGUUUCGGUUCUCCUACACAAGCCGCACAGCUGACCAAUGCUGGGAUCCUGGUGUGCCGUCCAAAGGGUUUAGGGAUAACAACAGUAACUUUACAUCAGGACAGACAGUCAGGUACACCUGCAUAACCGGGUAUCAUCUGUGGGGAACUGCCAAUAUAACCUGCCAGUCUAACUGGACAUGGAGUGAUACUACACCAACUUGUGAAGUGGGAAGUAUCAUGACGGGUCCCUCUGGAGGCCCUGUGACGUCACCGAACUAUCCCAGUAUCUAUGGCAACAAUGAAGACGUCAGGUGGUUGAUCAUUGUACCAGAAGGAAGCAUCAUUCGUCUCACGUUCGACAGUUUCGCCACUCAGAGAUAUCAUGACAUUCUGACCAUCUACGAUGGAGCCAGUCAUGAUGCUACAGAGUUACGAAGGUUAUCAGGUUACCAUCAACAAAUCAGCCCCAUCAUCAGUACAUCUAACACGAUGUUCCUGACGUUUACAUCUGACUACAGUUACACCCAUCGGGGGUUCCAGUUCUCCUACAUAAGCCGUACAGCUGACCAAUGCUGGGAUCCUGGUGUGGCGACCAAUGGGAAGAGGGAUAACAACAGUAACUUUACUUUAGGACAGACAGUCAGGUACACCUGUAUGGCCGGGUAUCAUCUGUUUGGGACUGCAGAUAUAACCUGCCAGUCUAAUGGGACAUGGACUGAUGCUACACCAACUUGUGAAGUAACGAGCGCUACUGGAUCUUCAGUAAAUAACAGCGUGAUUGGAAGAGGAACUAACGUGACGGGUCCUUCUGGAGGGCCUGUUACGUCACCGAACUUUCCCAGUAACUAUGGAAACAAUGAGAACUACCAGUGGUUGAUCACUGUACCAGAGACAAGCAUCAUUCGUCUUACGUUCGACAGUUUCGACACUGAAGAGGGGUAUGACUUUUUGACCAUCUACGAUGGAACCAGUGAUGAUGCUACAGAGUUACAGAGGUAA